AGGCAAUCGGCGUGCGGGGAAUUGUGCACACAAUCGAUGAGGAUAAUGAUGUUGUCGUAGAAUUUAUCAACAGUGAUAAAUGGUGCAUAAAUCCCGACCUUCUAACCAAGGUGGACACAUCGAAAGAAGAAAUUGAGUCUGGGUCGUUAAUCGUCAUUAUUGAUGACUAUGAAAAGGUGAAACAGCUCCAGAAAGGACAUGGUGGUUGGGCUCCGAAAAUGAUUGAAGCCUUGGGACACGCUGCAGUUGUUAAGCGAGCUGCUGGAGAACGUGUUGUUGUAGACGUCGAUGAUAAUGAGUGGGUUCUAAACAAGAAAGCUGUGAUAUUCGUAGCAUCAGGAGAGGAUAUGCUGAAAGCCAAUAUUUAUCCAAGCCACUUCAUGAACUUCACGAGGCUGUGAAAGGAUUACAAGCACUGCAGAUGCUGGCUGAGUUGGAGGAACGUAAACAAAAAGCUGACACGGCAAAGAGGGUCUGCAUCAUAUCAUAAUACAGUGAAAUAAAUAAAUGGACAUAUUGUUUAAGCUGACACGGC